GUGAUCACUCGCAAGGCUAAUGUCGGAGGUUGUUCCAUCAGGUUCCAUCGCUACCACCAUGCCAUGUGACUUGAACGCUGCAUAAACAACAGAGUCCGUCCGGGUCCCCGGAAGAGGAGCGAGAGGAGUUUAUAUUUGAUCCUCGUCACUUUUAAGUAGCUGAAGUUAAGCGGGGGAUGCAGCACGGUCUCUGGGAUCUACAGAGGAGGACAUGCGGAUGUAGCUGGCUGCUCUUAUGGCAAUAAUAAUAAUACUAAUAAUAAUGCUCUGAGAGUCUGAGUCGGGAUGUUUUCAACCAACAUGGAAACAAAAAGAGUGGAGAUCCCCUCCGGCGUACUGGACGACCUGUGCAGCCGGUUCAUCCUGCACAUUCCCAGUGAGGAGAGGGACAACGCUAUCCGGGUGUGCUUCCAGAUCGAGCUGGCCCACUGGUUCUACCUGGACUUCUGCAUGCAGAACACUCCAGGAGCUCCUCACUGUGGGAUAAGAGACUUUGCCAAAGCAGUCUUCCAUCACUGUCCGUUUCUGUUGCCUCAUGGAGAGGAUGUUCAGAAAAUCCUCGAACAGUGGAAGGAGUACAAGAUGGGUGUUCCUACAUUUGGAGCAAUCAUUCUGGAUGAAGCGCUGGAAAACGCACUGCUUGUUCAGGGCUACCUUGCAAAGUCUGGCUGGGGCUUUCCAAAGGGGAAAGUGAACGAGGACGAAGCUCCUUAUGACUGUGCAGUUCGUGAAGUGUUGGAGGAGACGGGCUUUGACAUCAAGAAUCGCAUCAGUAAAGACAGGUACAUCGAGCAGAAAAUCACCGACCAGCUGGUGCGGCUCUACAUCAUACCAGGAGUGUCAAAGGAUACCAAGUUCAAUCCCAAAACAAGGAAGGAGAUCAGGAACAUUGAAUGGUUUCCUAUCGAGAAGCUGCCAUGUCACAGGAAUGACAUGACCCCGAAGUCUAAACUCGGACUGGCCCCCAACAGGUUUUUCAUGGCCAUUCCGUUCAUAAGGCCACUGAGAGAGUGGAUCAGCAGGCUGAAAGGAGAGUCCACAGACAGUGAUGAGGACUUUGCAAACAGCGGCACCACUCCAGGCAAACCUUCAGAUAAUACUCGAUCAAAAUCGCGCCGCCUCACAGGUGCAGAUGCACUUCUAGGAGACGGCUGGGCAAAACACAAGCAGCAGAAGACUCUGGACCAGCUGAACCAGUAUGAGCUCAACCAGAACACACAUUUGAAAAGCAAUGGGAAGAAAUGUCAGGACUCCCCUCAUGGAGCCAACAACCAGCAGGUGAAAACCAUAUUAAAAGAAGAUAAAAGACUUCAACCCAGAAGACUGCAAGACAGUUUUGAGAGAGAUGUGGCUCCAUGCAGCUCCAACGGUCACCAGACUGUCCACAGCAGAGACUCCGAGGAACUGCAGUCUUCCAAGGCUUUCCUCAAUUUCAAAUUUGACAGAGACGCCAUCAUGAGAUGUUUUGACUACUGACAUGGCUGAUGAGGAGCUGUGCCUCUCCUGUAAAUGCAUGGAACUAUGGCCUCAGAGGCUUUUUACCUUAUAGUCUAGGGGAUGUUACUGAACAUGUCCUUUUCCUUCUUGGCCUGCUUGUCAUGAGCACACAUCUACAGUGGGGAGUUGCUCAUCUAUCAUUGAACACAUCCAAUAAGAUUCACAGAAGUAGUUUGCCUUUGCUGCCCAACUUUUCAGACUAUAUAAAAGGUAUGGUAACCUAACAGCACUGCUUUCCCUCUGUCUGAGGCAGAAUCCUAAUGUUAGUCUAAAUUCAAAAUUCAAUCUGCAGGAGAGGACUGCUCAGGUUAACCAUUAGUCUUUUAAAGGCAAGAGAUCAAACGUUUUGAGAACAUAAUGGAUUUUAAGCACAUAUGAAGUGACAGAAACAUAAAAAAAAACAAUCAGUUGGGGUAUCUCAGUGAAUUCCGCCAGUGAAUCAAAGUUAAAUUUAGUUUAUUAUGUACUGAUUUUAAGAUGCAAUAACGUUAGGGUUAGUCAUUUCCUCCAUUUUUCCUAUUGAGUCCUAAAAAUGCUUUGGAUGCUUAAAAAAGGUGGGUAUUUAUAGUGUUAUUGGCUUUAUGUAUUUACAGUGUUGUUGGCUUUAUUACCAUUAUUUCUUAAGAUUUUAUCCAGGAAUGUAGUAUGUAAUGGAAUAUUGACUUGGGGAAUGAAGAACAAUCUUUGCAAGUUGAAUGUCAUUAAAUUCAUGUUGCUCUGCUGUAUUGAGUUCUAUGGAAAUCAUUAGAUCAAAUUGAUUUGUUUGGAAAUCAAUCAUAAAGGCCAGAAAAAUUACUGAUCACUGAUAUGACGUAAUGAUAAUUGAAUGAAACUUUAAUUUGAAUUUGAAUGAUGUCCAGGUGUUAGCUUGUCCCUAAUGAAAAUGAACAUUUCCAUAAUGUCAGGAUUCUUGCAUGUCUCUUUUACAAAAACUGUCAAAGUCAACCAUUAUAAGAUUGACUACUAUGAAAAUGCCCAAUUUCCCAUGAAUGUUUCUUAUUGUGGCAGGGUUGUGCUCAGGAUCACACAAACAAUGGUCAGUGUAGUUUUCAUUUCAAGUUUCAUUUUGGGAGUCCUUGUGCAUUAUACACCAUAUGGGAAAAUAGAUUUUAACAUUUUAAUUCUGUCAUAUAUCACAUGCACAUAACAGGAAAAUUACUUUUCAGUUUGAUUAAAUAGGCUAGUUGGAAUGUUUUUGGCAACAGCCUUCCAUCUGUUGUUAUUUUCCAGCAGGCUUGUAAUUCAAGGCUGUUCUAUCCUGCAGCUUCCACAGGUUUAAAUUCCUGUCGAGAUUUCGUAAAAUAGAGGUUCUCAGUCAUAUCUUUCAUGAUCCACUACUUAGUGUUUGGCUGGUAUGAAAACUUGCACACUGUUAAGGCUAUGGGGCAUGAUGGAGGACCAUUGCGCUAGACUACUGUGAACAUAAGUUAUUCUCUCAACCAAUGACAAAUACGAAUGACUCUCUCAAAGGCCCACAUUAAGGGAUUUCUAGCCACUAUAGAUGAUAAGACUAUUUUCAUAAAAGUUUUAGAAGUCUUUAAAGUUCAACCCACAGUCUUACAAUUUAUAUUUUGUCAAGGUUAUAUAAACAUGCAUACAUGUGAGAUGUCUUUUUGUGAUUCUCACUGGGGUUUCUUUGUUAUUAAGUGUACAGAUGGUGAUCUCAAGUUGUUCUUUGGCUUCAAUGGUGUUUUGACUUAAAAUGUGAAUAUUAAUAAAGUUGUUUUUUCCACUUGUG